AUGGGCUCGUUGCCAUUUUCCCACGUUGUUGCCACAAAUGAUACUCGACAGAUAUUUGUUAGUUCGACGAUUAAUUUUUUACGCAGUCGUAAAUUUGAUGGCCUGGAUAUUUGUUGGCAGUACCCGACUUCCAGAGGAAGCCCACUCGAAGACAAACAGAAUUUUGCUGAGCUACUCAAGGAUCUAAGAAAGGCCUUUGACGAAGAAGCAAGGGCGAGUGGACAGGAAAAACUUCUACUUGGAAUCGUUAUCAGCUUCGACCGGAAUAUGAUUGAGAGAGCUUACGACGUUGAAGCUAUCAAAACGUCGGUUGAUGCUGUAACUGUUUUGUCGUAUGAUUUUUACACACCGGGAGACAGCAGUCGGUUUGUCAUGCAUACCAGCGCUUUAUAUCCGGGUAAUUUUACAGAUGAAUUCAAUGGUGCAAGAAACGUCGUUUGUGAAUUGCAACAGAAAGGAAGCCGAACUGUUUUCAUGCCCAACAGAGGUGUCUAUUACAUGGUGCAUCAAGAUCAAUGGAUAGCUUUUGAGAAUGAUGAAAGUGUUAAAUUAAAGGUUGAAUUUGCAAUGAGUGAAGGUUUUGGCGGAGUGAUGAUCUGGUCUUUUGACAUGGAUGACUUUGCUGGAAUUUGUCCAGGGGGUCAAAAAUAUCCAUUACUCCACGCGAUUUACACGGCAGCAAAACAGAACACAACACAGAACACAACUUCUCCAUCGUCUGGCAAUGAACAUCAUGGCAUACCAGAAUCCGAGUGGAUAAGCGGACUGUGUAAAAACAGUGGUACAGGCAUAUUCCAGCACCGAACUUCCUGCACAGAUUUUUGCUUUUUUCCCUUUUUCCUUUCUUUCUUUCUUUCUUUCUUUCUUUUAUUGUACUUUACCUUUCUGUUUUUUUGUUGUACCUUUCCUUCUUUUUCCAAUUUUAGAGCAUACUCUUUUAUUUUUAUUAAGUUCUUCUAUUUUAGUGUGUUUUCUCUCGGUCACUCUAUCACCUUUUAUAUUGCUUUUUUCUUAAUUUCUAUUCGUCCUUUGCGAGUGGUUUUCUUUCUUUCUUUUUUGUACGUUUUUCUAUUUCCUUUUUUAGUAUUUUUAUCUUUUUAUUUAAUGCUUUUUUAUUGCUUUUCCUUUCACUCUUUCUAUUUUUUUGAAUACUGCUUAUCUUUGUUUCUUUUAAUCUUUAUCUCUAUUUUUUACCUUUCUUCUUGUUCUUCAUUUAAUGCUUCUUUCUUUCUUUUUUUAUUUGCUUUUUCUAUCGCUCUCUCUGUCUUGUUUAUAUUGCCUAUUUUCUUCUUUUUUGUUUUUUGGUUUUCAUUAUUUCUUUCUUUCUUUUUACUAUGUAUCUGCUUUUUCUCAUCCGGGUUUUCCCGUAUUUCUUGGAAUUCAAAAUACAUUUCGUACUUUCUCCCUGUUCUUCGUUUUAGUGCUUCUUUGUCUUUUUUCCUUUCUUUCUUUCUUUCUUUCUUUCUUUCUUUCUUUCUUUCUUUCUAUUUUACUUUUUUGUCCUAUCUUUCCUUCUUUUUCCAGUUUUUAGUGCUUAUUCUUUCAUGUUUAUUAAUUGUUUCUAUUUUAGUGCGGUUUCUAUCGACCUCUCUAUCUUUCUUUAUAUUGCUUUUUUCUUUAUUUCUUUUCGUUCUUCUUUGUGAGUGGUUUUCUUUUUUCGUAUGUCUUUCUAUUUUCCUUUUCUAA